AGGGUGUCUGCUUGCGGUAUUUCUUCACUUACGAGACAACUUUGGACCCGUGCAUGUGAUUCUGUGCCACAACAGCGUUACAUGACUUUCAUCAAAUGAUUUUGGUCGUGUGUUGCCAGCACCUCCUGGGAGACAUGGGGAAGCAGCCCGAGGCAGGGAGCGCGGACCCAACGUCACCGCACACCCGGGACACUUCCCUCUUCCUUGACGUCACUCCCAGCCCCGCCAGGAGCGGAUAGGGACUCCUAUAUUAAGCUGCGUAGCUCAAGUUGUAUCUUACAUUCAAACACCUCCUCGUAGGAGUAGCUUGUUCUAGUGGGGAUUCUGCAACCAAGGAACAUACAUUUGAUUAUCAUAUAUAGAUCCAUAUAUAUAUAUAUAUAUACAAUUGAGAAAUUGAAACUAGCACAGGCUUUAUGAAAACCAGUAUUAACAAAGGAGCAGUUUAUUAAUCGUUCAGUCGCAAAAUGAAGAGUGGUCGCGUAAAUGCAAGAAGCGUUUGUUCGCGGGUGUUGGGCGUGCUGAAGGGCGUGACCGUGGAGCCCCUGAUGCUGCUCGAUGGUCUCGCCUUCUCCAGUAUACACGUGUACAUAGAGAACCUGCAGAUGGAUCGGGUGUGUAGAGUGAACAGCGGCUUCUCCCAGCAGGUGUGUGACAACCUCAAGGCACAACCUGAAGCCAGUGUGGAGGUGCAGCAAAGGUACAGUGUCUUCGCCCUUUAUAACGGCAUCAUCGCCGCCGCUCUUCCACUUUUCUUCAUCCUCUUUAUGGGUGCCUGGAGUGACAAGUAUGGCAGGAAGGUGCCGCUGGUGGCAGUACAGGUGGGCCACGCACUCCACGCCGCGGGCUACUUGCUGGCGUCUUUGGCACCUUCAUGGCCUGCCGAAGUGCUACUUGCGGUCACGCUUCUGGACACACUGGGAGGCGGAACCGUGUCAUUCUUGACCGCCGCAAACUCUUACAUUGGUGACGUGUCCUCGGAAGAGUCGCGCACCUCGAGGGUGGGAUUGGCCAAUAGUAUCUGGUUCCUGGGUGGACCAGUGGGCACUCUGAUGGGCACUUACAUCUACAGCUGGGGCGGGUACCUGCCACUCUUUGCCACUUCCUUGACGCUGUCCGUGAUGGCUGUGGUGUAUGUGGUGGUGUGUCUUCCUGAGAGCCACGGACCCUUCGUCAAGAAGACCAUGGCCGUUGUCCCAGACCACAAGACACAAGUGGAGCUGCGGGAGAGUGUGGCGGCAGUGUACGGGUUGGAGGUGAACGCUUCGUCUACCAACACCCUCCACACCCGCCCAAGUCUCUCCACCAUGCUCAAGGACUUCUUCAAUCCUCGUCGUAUCCUCGACAGCUUCAAGUCGACGCUGAGGAAGCGCGAAGGAAACACGCGAUCUCUCAUCCUUAUCCUCAUCUUUACCAGCCUCCUCAGAAGAGUUACUCGAUCUCCCUAUGUGUUCGCUUUCACCCGUCACGUGCUGGGAUGGCAGGCUACCGACUACAGCCUCUGGGUCACCUACAAGAACCUGAUGGCCACCGCUGGUUCCCUGGUGGCGGUGCCGCUGCUGAGUGGCUGUCUGGGAGUGUCCGACAACCUGCUGGCCAUGGUGGGCGCCAUGUCCGCCAUCUUCGAGUAUGUCCUCUAUGGCUGCGUCUCCGACACUCGAGCUUAUUUCAUUUGGAUAGCGCCAGUAGCGGCCUUGAUGCUCAACUGUUGCACCAUCGCCCAGCGGGCCAUGAUGACCAAGUUCGUAGCCAAAGACGAAAUCGGUAAGGUGUCUGCGGUGCUUGGUGCCCUGGACGGCCUGAUGCCCAUGGUAAACUCUGCGCUCUACACUGCCGUCUACUACGCCUCCGUCAGCACCUUCCCUGCUGCUCACUUCUUCCUGGGCGUUACUGCAGCAGCUCUCAUGAUCCUUUUAUUUUGCAUCAUCAUGAGAGCUGACAAGUCUGCUCAGUAUGACGUCGAGAGUGCCAAGCCAAGCUUCGUUUCUGGUCCAGUUACUGACAAGUCGCUGGUGAUAAGGACCAACUCCUGCUGGCUGGCCACCGACGCCCUGGCCCUGGCCCUCUCUAUGCCUUUGCCCCCCUUGCCCCAUGGCUUCACCCUCACCCACAACACCCUGCAGGAGUCGGGGCAACAGAGUCAACCUUCACACGGGCACCAGUCUGCUUCUAAAACUAGUUCAGGAAACAAAUCUGACAUCAAGUCUCACAGCCUGAUCAAAUCUUUCAAAGACUCACUAAAAGCUAACGUCAAGACUGGGGAAGCCUCUCCAGAAAGCUCGGCCACAACACACAAACCAGUAGUCCGGGUCAACACCGGAAGUUUUCUAGUCAACAUCAGCAACAUCGCUAAUCAUGUACUCUUUCCAAAAGUCAGUCAGGACUCUGAGAAAAUUGUCUAUGAUCCUCAGGGAAAUGACGAUAAAAUUGAGAAAAUUUAUCCUCCGAGUAAAAUGCCCUGAAUUACACUGAAAGUCCGUUAUAAAGCAGCUGUUUUCCAUCAUUGUUCAAAUACCUUCAGCUUCGUAAGGUGUGAGCGCUCGUUGUGAGCAAUGAAGAAGAUCAGGUAACUGUGUUUUAUAUGAAAACUUAAUUUAGUUUCGUAUUUACGGAGACACGGGAAACCUGUCGGGUUUAUCGAGGUCCUUUUAGGCCAACGAUUGACCAUCGCAAAGCAUGCAGCCACCGACAGCCGCCUGGGAGUCGAACCUGAAAGCAAGCUUUUUGUACGCCGACUGAGGCGACGGGAUGCGAAGACGUUCUGGUUACAGUGUGAUACACCAGGUAGUUGUGAAGUGUGAAGAGGAUCACAUAGCAGUGUCCUGUACUAAGUAAGGUCUUCAUAAAAGCUAGUCUCUUGAUCUGUGAUGUGUUUUAUGUGUUCGGUUGUAAUGUACUAUAUAUUAUUUAUAUGAGAUUGUCG